UCUCUCUCUCUGCGCUACGAACGACACCUGAAAGUGAAAUAACUGUAGCCCUAAAACCCUCGAUAAAUCCCCCCGCCUCCUCCCCCCGCCAUGACCGACGACGGAGGCGGCGGCGGCGGCGGAGACGACGCCGCCAUGACGGACUCCGCCGCCGAUCGGACCGACGCUCAGAAGGCUCGCUCGCUGGAGGACCUCGCCCAGGCCCUGCACGCCUCGCUCUCCCGCCUCUCCGCCUCCUCGAGGGCCCUCCCCUCCGAGCGGGACUUCCAUUUCUACCGCAACUUCGACGACUUCAAGGCCCCGGUCGGCGAGGUCGCCGAGAAAUCCGCUUCCCUGCUGCGGUCGAUCGGCUCGUCGGCGGCGGCGGCGGCCUCGGGCGGGGGCGCCGCGUUCCCCGACGAUCUCGAGGACGCGUACGAUUGGCUGGUCAGUGUGAACGACGAGGUCUUGGAGCGGUUCGACGCCUCGGCGGACGAGUUUCGGAGGGUGAGGAAGGAGGAGGAGGAGAGCGGGAAGAAGAUAAUGGAGGUCGACGGCGGGUUUCAGCUGGUGUACGGGAAGAAAAAGAACAAGGCGGUGCAGGGCUCGGUGGACCGAGCCGCGGCUGACUCGGUUAACGGGAGAGGGGAGUCGAGUGUGAAGGUGGCGAAUUUGAAAGAGAAAGUGGGCGGACAGAAGCCCAAGGUGCCGUUCCAUAUCCCGACGAUAAGGAGGCCGCAGGAGGAGUUCUUUAUUUCGGUGAACAAUUCGAACCAGCCGUUUCAGCAUGUCUGGUUGCCGAAGAGCGAGGACGGACAGAGGUUUAUUCACCCAUUGGAGGAGCUCUCCGUGUUGGAUUUUAUUGACAAGCCAGUUGCCAGCAAAGAGCCUGUUCAACCGUUGCCAAUGGAGAAUACGCCAUUUAAGCUUGUAGAAGAAGUUAGAGACUUGAAAGAAAUGGCAGCUAAAUUGCGUGGUGUAGAUGAAUUUGCGGUUGAUUUGGAACAUAAUCAGUAUCGAUCUUUCCAAGGCUUGACUUGCUUGAUGCAAAUUUCCACUAGAACUGAGGAUUUUGUGGUGGACACUCUAAAGCUUAGAGUUCAAAUUGGGCCACAUUUGAGGGCGGUUUUCAAGGAUCCUACUAAGAGAAAGGUCAUGCAUGGAGCAGAUCGAGAUAUAAUAUGGCUUCAACGAGACUUUGGCAUAUACGUAUGCAACAUGUUUGAUACUGGACAGGCUUCAAGGAAGCUGAAAUUGGAAAGAAAUAGUUUGGAGUAUCUGCUGCAUCACUAUUGCGGAGUUACUGCUAAUAAAGAAUACCAGAAUGCGGAUUGGAGACUGCGACCUCUUCCACCUGAGAUGAUAAGAUAUGCUAGAGAAGACACACACUAUUUGUUGUACAUUUUUGAUGUGAUGAGGAAUGAAUUGCUUGCCUUGCCUGAAAAUCCGGAUGAUGCUUUAAUGGAGGUGUACAAGCGCAGUUAUGAUUUAUGUGUGCAGCUUUAUGAGAAAGAUCUUUGGACAGAUACUUCAUAUCUCAGUAUUUACGGGUUGCAAGGGGCUGGUUUCGAUGCUCAACAAAUUGCGGUUGUUGCAGGGCUCUAUGAAUGGCGAGAUGUCAUUGCUCGUGCUCAGGAUGAAAGUACUGGUUAUAUACUGCCAAAUAAAACUCUUCUUGAAAUUGCCAAGCAGAUGCCUGUGACCACUGGCAAGUUGCUGCGGUUGGUCAAAUCAAGGCACCCAUAUGUUGAGCGUAAUCUUGCUUCAGUCGUCAGCAUCAUUAGGAGUUCAAUACAAAAUUCUGCUGCUUAUGAAGCUAUGGUGGAACUACUAAAGGAGCGCCGCAUGGCACCAGAGAAUAGUUUACUGGCUAAUGAUGCAUCUCAAUCUGUGCAUCCUGAGACUCCAUCAGAGCACAAUGACAAGACAGUUGAAUGUACUGAUUCCGUUAGUACUAUAUGCCAUAGUGUUGGUGAUCGUGGAAACCAGGAAGUCAUUUCUGAUCAUCCUGCCAAAGAUGAAAAGGAUCUGUUGAAUGUGGACCAGAGCGGAGACAGCACCGCUAAAACACAGUUAUUGAGCUCUGCAAAUGUAGGUGCUGCUGCUUCUGUUCAGGUGUUGAAGAAGCCUGGUGGUGCUUUUGGGGCUCUUCUUGGAAAAAUGGGCCCAAAAAGGAAAUGUAACACUGAAGAAAAGGACAAGAAAGAGACAAAGCUGGAGAAAAUCAGAUCUUCAGUGAACCUCCCAUUCCACUCCUUUUUGGGGAGUGAGGAGCAACCGGAAGCACUUCGAGAAGAGCCUGCCCAAGCUUCCGAAGCUCAGAAUGUUCUAGAUCUUGCUACCUCCAAGGCAGAAGAUAUCAUAAUGUUGGAAGAAAAUGACAAUGCGGAGGAAUCACCACAAGAUGAUUCUGACACUGAAAAGGAGUUGGAGGAGACUGAUUCUACGCAACCUAAUCUUAAAACUGAUGAAGAUGAUGAGGCGAUUUCUCUCACAGACCUGUCAUCGAGCUUCCAGAGGUGCUUGGAAUCGGUCAAGCAAAACAAGAAGGCUGGACAGGUGGAGAACUCUCAAGAAACCAGUGGCCUUGUACAGGUGAAGCCAUUUGAUUACGAAGCAGCGAGGAGAGAGGUCAGGUUUGGGGUGGAUAAGAAGGACGCAUCGGGAGGAGAUGAAGGUCAAAAGCGUCUGUUAAAAUCCAGGGGAAGAAAAAAUAGCUCACCUGCGGAUCCAUUCCAAAAGGACGACGGGAGCCGGCUCCCACAAGGUAGACGUCGCCAAGCUUUCCCAGCAUCUGGGAAUCGGAGUGCGACUUUCCGGUGAGCUGGUGGCUGCAGAUACGACCAAGUAGUGAGAAGUAAAGCUAGAGAAAAGUGAUGUACUAACUUGGAAAAGAAAGAAAAAGAGCAAAUGAGAUCGAGAAAGAAACCGUUGGGAAUGAUUUUAGUCCGAUUUUUCCCCCAUCCAAAUGAAGCAUUGGGGUUCUUCGGGUGCUUUGAUUA